GGUGUUUAUUUCCGGAAAUAAAUGGUUAUUUGUCAGACUUUCCAGAAGGACCACAUAAUCCAUGAUCUACAGUGUUGCAAGGUGCUUUAGGUGUGUCCUCAUUCAAACAGGAUGGCUCAUUGGUUUCACAGAAAUCCACUGAAGGCAACAGCACCAGUUUCCUUUAAUUUCUAUGGAGUUGCAGCUAGCCCUGCUGCCAAUAAAAUAUGCAAUGACCUGAGGACAACCAGGGCAAGGCUGCUGGAAAUGUUCACUGAUGUCACCUGUAACCCCGAGAUCAUAAAAAAUGCCACGGAUGCUUACUUCUCCCUCCUACAAGGCUUCAUUGCGUCCUUGGAUGGAACCACACAGGAGAACAAGCUAAGGUUCUUCCAGAACUUCAAGUGGACUGACACCUUACAAGGAAACACACCAAGUUCCCAACAGGAUGCAGUCUUUGAACUAAUCUCUAUGGCCUUCAACAUUGCCGUCUGGUACACCAAGUUUGCCUCAAGACUAGCAGGAAAAGAGAACAUAACAGAAGCUGAAGCAAAAGAUGUCCACCGAAGUCUGAAGGUAGCUGCUGGGAUAUUCAAAUAUCUUAAGGAGGUGCACAUCCCUCGUCUCAUCACCCCUGCUGAGAAAGGUCGAGAUCUGGAGCCCAGAGUGAUUGAUGCUUACAUUAUCCAGUGCCAGGCAGAGGCACAAGAAGUGACAAUCGCCAGGGCAAUUGAAUUGAAGCAUAAUGCCACACUCAUUGCAGCUUUGGCCUUCGAGACAGCAAACUUCUAUCAAAAAGCCGACCACACACUAAACACUUUGGAGCCAGAAUGCAGCAGCAAGUGGAGGAAGUAUCUUCAGUUGAAGCAGCACUUUUACAUGGCUUAUGCAUACUGCUAUCAUGGACAGACUCUGCUGGCCAGUGACAAGUGUGGAGAAGCUAUCAGAUCUCUCCAGGAAGCUGAAAAGUGUUACUCCCGUGCUGAAGCCCUGUGUAAAGAGUACCGGCAGACCAAAGGGCCGGGCAGCACGGCCAAGCCCUCGGAGCAGCUCUUCUUCCUCAAACUGGGCGGCCUCAUCAAGAACACCCUGGAGAAGUGCCAGAGAGAGAACGGCUUCAUAUACUUCCACAAAGUCCCCGCCGAGGCUCCCCAGCUGGAGUUGAAGGCCAGUUACGGCCUGGCUGAGCCAAUAACCUUCGAGCUCCCGGCCCUCAGUGAACAGUGCUCCUCUGAAGUUUACGCUACCUUCGAUCUGACCAAGGGGGCUAAAAGUGAUAAGGCUAAAACCAAACCUGAAGAGGAGGUGAAGCCAGUGAAGGAGCCAGAUUUGAAGCCUCAGAAAGACACAGGCUGUGUUGUUUCCUAAAUUUUCUGCGGAUGUCUUUUUCCAUUCUGAAGCUCCCCCCCAUCACCUCUCCUAGCGAUGGAGUCCAUUUCCUGUCCAUGAAAAGUAAACAUCCAAGGGGAAAAUGUCAUUUUCGUAAUAGUAAUUCAUUGUGUUUUACACAUGCUGGUAAGUAUUCACUGUGCAGUCAGAUAUGUCGGCCACCAGGUAUCCCCAUAUCAGAGCCAGAACAAAUUUAUUUCAAAGAUAUUAGAGAGGAAAAGAGGCGCCAUACGACAGUGGUCAUUAAAAGUGACUCACUGGAGAAAAUGGCGUUCCUUCUAAUCGGUCUGUAAAUUCGCUGGUCCACAAUAUUGAAUACUUGAGAUCAAACUGGUGAAGGAAACAAUAUGUUAGGUGUCAGUUAGGGGUGGGGGAUGAGCCUGGCCCAGUUAGGUUGUCCUCAUUUAGUCUAGUGUUAAAUUAGCUCUCAGUAAUUAAUGCCUUCACGCUGUCCGGCUGCAUGUAAACCUAAAUACUAUGGAGGCUUUAAAGCGGUCAUAAGUUGAGUGACUGAAUUUAUAACCUCUCCGGCAUGCAGAGCGCUCGAGUUUCCCUUUAGAAGUCUGAUUCGGUUUGAACUGCCUUGCCGAACACACUAUUGACAAUACAGAUCUGGACGAAUGAUGUGCUACGACUUACGUUUUCACAGACUAAUCAGCUGUGAAUACAUGUGCAUUGAUGGGGGAUUAAAAAAAAAAGCAAAUCAAACCUGCUAAACAAAAAUUGAGCAUUUACCGAUACAUAGCAAGGGAUGUACGUGAUGUUGCUGUCCUUGAGCUGAGCGCCUGUUUGGAUGACAGACCGGCAUGUGUAGAUUCAGCCGUUGGGGUUGCUGAACAAGGACCUCCAGUCACAGAUACAUGUUGGUAUUUGACUCAUGACCACCUCCAGAAGGGCUCAAGUCAUAUCCAGUAACUCUUAUAACCUCCUUUCCAACACAUCUUAAUCUGCAACUGUUCCAGACAGAUUUCACUUGGUGCUGCUUCAGAAAUCAGCAAAUGCUAAAACUGUAAAUCAAAAAAAAAAAAAAUGGCUGAGAUGAUUAAGACUGCAUGGAUUGUUAUUAUUGGAUUGUGAUUUAUCUGUAGCAGUUUACUUUUUAGAUUGCAUGGUUCAUCUUGUAGCUUUUUUUUUUACACAAGAGGUAGCCAUUUUCUAUUUUUACUAUCCAGUUUUUUAAAAACAACAACAAAACAAUCGAUAGUGGGUUUUUAGGCUAAACCGUUCCUUCAUCUCAGUGACUAUUUGGGUGACAAUCUUACACAGUAAACCAUUGGUCUUGGCUUUAAUUUAUUUCCGUUGUUAAUUGAUGUUCUAGAUGAAACAAUAAAACGCCGAUUCUGCCCAUGUAAAAUCCCUAUGUAAACCAAAUCACAGAUUUUCAGCUACGUUAGCUUCUUUUCCCGUGGCCCUCUUGAUGAAGCUGUCCCAGUUUACACAUGGAUCCACAUGCGGUGUGCUCCAACACCGUCGAUACCCUCACGGUGUCAUCCCCUUGACUUAGGCAUGGGAAGAACUCCCACCAAGUCAUCUUACUACCCUGCCAGAACAACUGAAAGACCAAUGCGAGCGAAAAAAUUGACACAAUUUGCACACAAAUGUUGUAUUUAUGAUACGACCCCAGACGUGUAACUGAAAAGCGGUUCCAGCCGUUUUCAUAUAUAUUGAGGACGAAGCUGCACAAACCCUCUCGAGAAGUAUUUAACUCGCGAAAUUGACGCGGUCUCCAAUGAAGCUCUACUACUAUCAGUUGGUGAAACAUGUUUAAUAUGUUAUGUCUGUAUAUUCUUCAUGUAUGUAUCCCAUUAAUAUAAAUAUAAUGAUCCAUCUGCUUUCAAGUGAAUCCUUAAACGUGAGCUUUCAUCUGCUGCUGUGACUGUGCAACUCGUAAAAACAUGGACAUUAAAAUUGUUUCCCCCCACUUGUUACUUUAGCAUUUCUACUUUAGCCCAUUACGACGCCUUUGCACUUUACAAUCACUUAUGCAGAUUUUAGUCGAGGCAACAUCUUGUGCACAAUUAUGGCAAAAGAGGGUUAUUCAGAAACCAUUUAUGUUGUUGGGUCCAGUUUGAUUAUUUUUCAAGACACUGGAUGGAUAUGUCUGGAUUAGUGGAUUUCAUAUAAAAACCAUAUUUAUGGAUUUGGACCAAUAGUAUUGCUAUUUUCCUAUUCGGGACUCGUUUAUCAAUAUUAUUCGAUGCUGAGUCGUUGCAGUGUGUAUACCUGUAGCUCAUUUAUUCCUUAUCUAAUGUUGUCUCUCAUUUACAGUGUGCUUCAAGUGGAAAUAAAAAUUGUCCAUGAAAGCA